CUUCAUCGCGUGCCGGCCCGCUCACGGGCCACAGCGCGACGUCCGAUCUGGCCUCUUCUGCAGUCGCUCUCGCACAACUCGCGUCAUUUAUACCCCAGGUUUGCCGCUCCCUUUUCGCUGCGCCAGCUUGAAAGUCGUCGGAGGCUGUCCUCUAACCCCCGAAUGGCUAAAACAUAUCGAUGAGCAGUGCGAGCAAGCCGACGCGGUUGCGAGCAGCGCGAUGAGUUCAAAGCAGUAGGCAUCCAACGAAGCGCUCAUCACACGGCUCUCUCACAUUCUUUCUUUUUGGUCGCUUUUCGCUGGAAAGAAAGAGCGCGACGCGUCGCAGCGGGAGUUACAUCGAGAUUGUGCGGACAAAGGCAAGGGGGCGACAGAUAUCACGAUACGACACUCGUCAAGUGCCUCCCCCCCCACGGCAGCUGGGCGGCUCAGCGGCCACGUUUGGCCCGUGUGCAGCAGCUCCAUAUAUACUAGUAUGCGUAUGUGAUGGAAAAUGACCAUUUGUGACGUUGUACGUCCACAAACAUGCGCAUGGACAAGGGCCGAAAGCUACCUCGGUUCGCUUGGUGUAGACCUCGCCAAUCAUCUAUUGCAAGGGAGCCUACGAAAGGUGCACGAUUGCGGCAGCGGGAGGCACCCCUCCCGCCAGAUCACGUCUAGCAACGUCCUUUCGAUCCGGCAACCCGCCGCGGCAAGGAUAUUCAUGAGUGGCUCCGCUAGCACUGCGGCCGCUGGGCUCGCUUACACCAGUGCUGCUGGAGGAGGAGGAGGGUUAGAAAUUGCAGGGAAAACAAGAGCCAUGGAUAUCGACAGAUCCGCUCUUGUCUCCAAAUCGGACGCCAUCUCCGAGGUGGACGACGACGCAUCGUUCGUCUCGAAGCACUCGCUCAAGACCCUCGCCAAUGGUGGUGGGCCCGCCCCGUCCUUGCCCUCGCCGUUUGCCGCCGAUACGGAAAACAAUUCUAGGUUGAUCCUGGGCAACGCUGCGGCUCUUCCUGACAGCAGUGAUGGCGAUGACGACGAGCCAGAGAUCCGGAAUACCAUUACUGGCAGUCGCUUUGCGCGACCUGACCUACCGCGGCCCUACUCCGACAGCGACGACGAGGCACACUGGACCGACCUCUCUGGUACCCCUGUACCACAGCAUCAAACCGUGCGCAUCACCAUCAAUGGUAACGAGGAUGAUGCUGCCAACGCCGAGACGAAGGCGAUGAUCAUACAGGAGCGUCGAAGGGUGCUUGUAAGGGUCGGCAGUCAGAUCUUACUCCUGUUCAUGAUCUGCUUCGUCGCUCUCUUCUGCACUCUGUGGCUCGGGCUUCCAGAAAUAGAUGAGGCGGACCGACCUGCAUUCAAGAUUCCGCGGUCAUUCGAAGAAUUCAAAGCGCUCAAUGGCGUACUUCAACAUUACAAGACACAUCAUGGUUUUAGAGUGUUUGUCUGCUGGGAGGUCAUCUACUUGUUCCUCCAAGCGUUCUCCAUCCCUGGAUCCAUGUAUCUCAGCAUCCUCGCAGGUGCCAUCUGGGGCGUUGCACUCUCACUCCCGAUCGUCAUUUGCAGCAUCGCAAGUGGCGCAACGAUCUGCUACGUGAUCAGCCGGCAGAUGGGUGAGGUCUUCGUAGCUGUCCCCUCAUGGAAGACGCGCGUCGACAGCUGGCAGCGGCGCAUCAGCGCGCAGUCCAACUUGUUCUCCUACCUCGUCUUCAUUCGGCAUCUGCCUUUACCGCCACACUGGGUGGUGAACGUGAUCGCCCCGCACCUCGGCAUCUCCAUCCCACUGUUUUGGCUCAGCACAGCCGUUGGCGUGAUGGCCAUCUCGUUUAUCCACGUGACGAUCGGCGCCAAGCUGGACGAGAUGACGUCGCCGGACGACUUCCACCUGGCUAGCUGGCAGAACUUCUUCCUUCUCGCCGGCGUCUGCGUCGCGGUCAUGACGCCGAUCGCCGUGCGGCGCUUCUCGGGCGCGGCGCCGCUCGAGGAGCCGCAGGGGCACGGCGAAAUCGCGCUGCCGGGAGAGGAAGGGGAGCGCACCGUAUUGAAUGCAGGCGGCGCGACUGGUCGCCCGGCGCGGAGGCCUUGGUCUUCGCAUUCCCGCGGGACAGCCUGCUCGGGGACCGCCAGCCCUCUUUACGAUGAUGCCAACGAAGAAGAACAGAGGUCGGAUGACGAGCUGCCCUCCAUCACCAUUGGAAAGCUCACCCCGCGUGUCCGCAUCAGCGGCGCAGAAGACACCAGCUCGCCGUGGCAUCCGCCGCAGGCGAUGCGGCACGCGCUUACUGCCAUCGAGCGCGAGUGCGAUGCGGACGAUGUCAUGCAGAACCCAUUCGACUCGGAUGCCGAUGACGACGAGUACGACGGCGGCUUCUCUGCGCGUGGCAGGUUCCCGGACCGCGCAGAGCAACGACGUGCCGGGUCCGCGUCGAUCUUUCAGGCGAGCAAGGCUGCCCGCACGCUCGGAAUCGGCAAUGUGACGAACAAGGCAGCGAAAGUACUCGGUUUGAGCAACAACCAUCACUGAUCGCAUGGGAGUCGGCGCUGGGCGCUCCAGGCUGGCCUCAGGGCACUGUUCCGCUUGUUUCAAGGGGCUACACGAUUGUAUCAUAGUUAAAAACUUUUGAUCUACUGUAUCUACAUGCUAAUGGAC